UGGAAUAUAGGUGAUUUUAAUAAGCAAAAUAUAUUUCUCCAUUGUAAUGUUCAACGUGAAACUGUCAAUAGAAGAAGACCUAGAAAUAAUUCGGGCACUAUGAGGGCAUAUGCUUAUAAAUUUUACGUGGUUACUUCUGGUGGAAACAUUUUAGUAUGUAAGAAGUUUUUCAUUGAUACUUUCCAAAUAUCUACUGGACGAAUUGAUCGUAUCCUAAAAGCGCAUGAGAAUAUUCCGAAAGACAUGCGUGGAAAAAUGGAUGGGUCUUGCAGAAGAACUAGUGAGCUAAUGACGAAUACAGUGAUAGAACACAUAAAAAGCUUUCCGGCAUUUGAAAGUCACUAUACUCGAUCCCAAAAUCCAGAACGGAUGUUUUUAAAUCCUGAAUUAAACAUAAGAAAAAUGUAUAAUUUAUAUUUAGAAAAAUGCAAGGAAAAUAACUUGAGUUCAGUUAAUGAAUGGACAUACAGGAAAAUCUUUAAACGAGAUUUCAAGUUACAUUUCCAUUUGCCACGUAAAGAUACCUGUGCGAAAUGCGAUUUCUUAAACAUGAAAAUUAAGACAACAACUGAUGACGAAGAAAAAACGAUUCUUGUACAAAAACAUGAUGUACACUUGCAAGAUGCUGAAUUAGCAAGAAAAGCAUUACAAGAAGAUAAAAUUCUUGCAUCAAAAAAUCCUGAUAAAUACUUUGCCUUCUCUUUUGACUUACAAAAAGCCUUACCUUACCCUAAAUUAUCUGUUUCAAUCGCAUAUUAUAAGCGAAAUAUGUAUGUUUUAAACGAGGGUUUUCACAAUUUCCACGACAAUAAAGUUAAUAUGUAUGUGUGGGACGAAACUAUUGCUUCCAGGGGAUCGCAAGAAGUAGCUUCUUGCUGUUUGAGGCAUUUAGAAAAUGUAACAACUCAAAGCCAUGUUAUUGCCUACAGUGACAUGUGUACUGGGCAAAAUCGAAAUUUACAAAUGGCAUUGAUGUGGUUGAAGGUUGUCCAGUCGUUGGAAAAUAACAUUAACAUAGUUGAUCACAAAUUUUUACUCUCAGGGCAUUCAUACCUUCCGAACGAUGCAGAUUUUGGCAUCAUAGAAAUGGCAUUGCGAAAAAAGAAUUUUCUAUACACACCACAGGAUUAUUAUGAUGUAAUAACACAAUGUAGAAAACACGAUAAAUUCAUUCUACAUGAAAUGAAACGAGAGAAUUUCGUUUCAAUAAAGAAUCUUCAAAAUGCGAUUAAAAAACAGACAAGAAAAAACAGUAAUGGAGAACAGGUAAAUUGGUUGCAAAUAUGUUGGAUGAGGUUUCUCAAAAGUGCACCAUACACUAUUUUAUAUAAAACAUCGAUGAAGGACAAAGAAUUUAAAACUAUAAAUUUAUUACCUACACGCCCUGGAAGACCGCUAAAAUUUGAAAAAAUCACCCUGGAGCCUUUGUACCAAAAUGCUAGGCCUAUUACUUACGAAAAAUAUAAAGACAUCAAGCAAUUAUUACCUUAUAUACCUCCGGUGCAUCAUGCAUAUUUCGAAACACUGCCACAUGCAGAGCAUAAGUAAAUACUAUCAAUAUCUUGUAAUUUUAACAAUGUAAUUAGCGUUUAAAAU